GUCAAUGUGAGUUGUUAUAAUUUUUGGCUCUGAGUUGUUCCAUUUUUUCCUUCUUGUCACACCAGAGAUAUAAUCAAUGAUCUUCCAAAUGGAUUUUCUGACUAGGAAACGUUUCACUAUGUAUAGUAUCCUCUACUAUCGAAAUAUUCUUUCUGAAUUUGAAUAUUACCUUUUCCUAUGAUCCUAAUAAGUAGCUAAAGAACAUUCCGUCGGAGUCUUUGCGUCCUUAUCACUUUCUUAAACUUCGGCAAUUACCAAUCUCAUCGUAGUUUGGUUGACUAUUCAAGACUGAAUGAUAUAAUUCAUCUGUUUUAAUAGAGUUUUGCUGUUGUCUUACUGCAGAUCUCAGCUCCAAGAAUUGUAGUCCUCCAUUGACGUGGGGCCUCACCGAAUGUACCACCUUCCUUAGCCCUUGAAGGUAAAGGUAUCGAGAGUGCAUGUUUGAGACUUAAGCCUGUGCAGGUCUUCGGUAGUAUGACAUUUUCACCUUGACUACCGAACAAAAGCAGGAUGGAAUAUGAAGAGGCCCCUCUUUCUGAUAAGAAAUCAAAACAUUUUCCGCUGACUCCUUUCAGAAUUAUAAGGGGUGUGAUAUGUUUAUUGGUUCUUCUUUCAACUGCAUUCGUUUUCUUGAUAUAUUUCGUGCCUGUGGCAGCUGUACUCUUGCGCUUCUUCAGCACACUUUAUAGUAGGAAAGUUGUUGCGCUUCUAUUUGGUCUUUGGCUUGGAUUGUGGCCAAUCCUAUUUGAAAAAGUAAAUGAAACAAAUGUGAUCUUUUCUGGAGAUUACGUUCCGCCAAGAGAACGUGUAUUGCUGAUCGCUAACCACAGAACAGAGGUCGAUUGGAUGUACCUAUGGAAUCUUGCAUUGAGAAAAGGGUGCUUGGGGCACAUCAAAUAUCUACUUAAGAAAAGUUUGAUGAAAUUGCCGGUCUUUGGCUGGGGUUUCUAUGUGCUAGAAUUCAUCCCACUCGAGAGAAACUGGGCAGUGGAUGAACCGGUGAUAAAGCAAAUGCUUUCGACUUUUACCAAUCCUCAGGAUCCAUUGUGGCUAACUGUUUUCCCUGAAGGAACAGAUUACAGUGACCAGAAGUGCAGAACAAGCCAAGAGUUUGCCAGCCAGAAAGGAUUGCCUGUUCUACGGAAUGUGCUGUUACCUAAAACAAGAGGUUUUUAUGCCUGCUUGGAAAUAUUAAGGAACUCUUUGGAUGCAGUUUAUGAUGUAACCAUUGCAUACAAAAACCAGUGCCCAACAUUUUUGGACAAUGCAUUUGGUGUUGAUCCAUCUGAAGUACACAUUCAUGUUCGACGCAUUCCGCUAGAGGAAAUCCCAGAAUCUGAAAAAGAGGCUUCUAGAUGGCUAAUGAAGACAUUUCACUUCAAAGAUCAAUUACUUUCUGAUUUCAUUGAUAAUGGCCAUUUCCCAAAUGAAGGAACAGAACAAGAACUAUCAACAAAAAAAUGCUUGGUUAAUUUAGUAAUAGUAAUGGCUAUUACUGGUAUAUUUAUAUUCUUUACAUUUCAUUCAUCUAUAUGGGGAAAAAUUUAUGUAGGUUUCUCUUGUAUAUACAUUGCUUCUGCUGCUUACUUUAAUUUUCGACCUUCUCCCAUUUUUGAUUUGGUUCUGCAAAUGAAAUACUGAAUAAAAUUCUUAGAAUGAAAAGUCAGUAGAAAGGUACCAUAUGUACUUGUUAGUGAUGUAUAUAGUUACUGUAAAUUUUUUGUUUCUUUGUUGGAUAAUACAAUGUUUUUGAUCCUCCAAA